AUGCCUAAAUUUCAUUACCAACACGGUGCAGGCCACAAAGUUUUGCAAAUAGAAAACCGCGUUUCAGUGUGGCAUGUUACUGACACGGAGUGGCAGUCCUCUCCGUUCACGGUCGUAAGUUCAUAUCCACGGCAAGUGACAAUGAAGUAUCUACUAGUACUUGUGUUCACAUGGACAUCAGCAGCACGUCUCAUCCACCAUCACGACAUCUAUCUAGAGGAGUGGAAAGCUUUUAAGCUUGAACACAACAAGAGCUAUAUCAACGAAGAGAAAGAGCGUGUCGCUAUGAAAGUCUUUGCGAAGAACAAGUACAAUGUCGCCAAGCAUAACCAGCUCUACGAACGCGGCGAAGUGUCCUUUCGUUUGGGCAUCAACAAGUUUUCGGAUAUGACUCUUAAGCAGUUUGCGCGCAUCAACGGGUACCGACAGACAAAAAGAUCCAUGGAAGAUAAUUUUCUAGAGGCAACUUACAUCAAGGCCGCUAACGUGAUGCCGCCCAGAAGUGUGGACUGGCGCGAGCUGGGUGCAGUCACCGAAGUCAAGAACCAGGAACUAUGUGCAGCUUGCUGGUCUUUCAGUGCCACGGGUGCCCUCGAAGGCCAGCACUUCCGGAAGCACGGACAUCUGGAGUCUCUCUCUGAACAGAACCUAAUCGACUGCUCCUACAACUCGUUCAACAACAACGGGUGCGACGGCGGCAACGUCGAGAAUGCAUUUGCGUAUGUCAACUUCAUUGGUGGUAUCGACACAGAGCAAAAUUAUCCAUAUGAAGCUAAUCAAAAUAAAUGCAGAUACAAUUCUACGGACUCAGAAGUAGGCGACGUCGGAAUAUCGUAUAUACCUAAGGGAAACGAGGCAGAGCUGAUGAUGGCAGUGGCAACAAUCGGGCCCAUCGCUGUCGCUAUCGAUGCCAACCACGAGUCCUUCAAGGGUUACACUUCGGACGUGUAUUAUGAAAAGAACUGUUCGUCUAAGAGACUAAACCAUGCUGUGUUGGUGGUAGGGUAUGGGCGAGACGAGCGCCAUGGCGACUACUGGCUGGUGAAGAACUCAUACGGGCGGGACUGGGGCGAGGACGGCUACAUGCGGCUGGCGCGCAACCGCGGCAACCACUGCGGCGUCGCCACCGACGCGACUUACCCUCUCGUC